AUGAAGUUUGGCGAGAAGAAAGCAGCAUUAAUGAUCAUCACCGAAAGCAUUGAGAUGGAGCUUUUUUCUUCAGAACAGGGCUGUGAGGUGAUAACAACGCAGGAGAAGGAGGAAGAACACAGCUUUCACCAAAGAUACCUGGAGCAUCCUCUAGUCCCAGACUGUGAAGAGGAUCCAGAACCACAGGUCCAAACCCAACCCAGGGAACAGGCUAAACCCAAAGCAAGGCCACCUGUCAAGGAAGAGGGCACUCAGCACCGCCCCCCUGUCGUCAUCAUCACACAGCCGACAGAGAUAGAGAUGGAGGUGUUUCCUCCCAACAAGGUGUCAAAUGAUGCCUCCAUCAUGACUCUGCAGUCCCAUAACAAAGCCGGUCGUCUCAAAUGGAAGAGACGGAUUCCGCAGGAGAAAGAACUGGUGGUUAAAGAUGUGGUCUGUCUACCCAGAGGAUACAACAUGUCUGAGCUGGCGAGACCAAUCAUUCCACAAAGUAAAGCGCGAGCAGCCCUGGUGGCAAUGGGAAUGAUCGCUCGCAUCACCAUUGACCGUAGCUGGUCAGCCAAUCAGAUGGCGAGUCGCUUGGUGAUGCUCUUCUGGAGGCGAUUUGGCUCCAGGGUGCUAUUCGUCCCUGACACCCCAGCAGAGGACUGGACUGGGGAGCAGGUACUGAGAAUCUCUGGACAUGAUGUUUUGUACAUCCUCAGUCACCACGACUAUCCACAGGCAGAAUGUAAGAGCUCAAGAAGCAAGACAGACUUGGUGAAGAGGAAAGAGUUUUGUCUGAAGGUCGGCACAGAAAGCUGCCAGGACGAAGCCAAUCAGCCUUGUGUCAGCAGGGCCCCAAAGGAGGACAUGCUUGACGUAGACACCAUCCUGAAACUGUUCCGACAGAAGAACAUGCAUCAGGAUGUACAAACUCGCAUCGAGGUGAGGAGGAGGGAUGUGCUCCACGAUGCUCUGAAAGUGGUGAGGCAGCCAGACUUCUGCUUCAGGACGACACCGGUCAUCUCCUUCAGAGGAGAGGAGGCCAAUAGCCGAGAGGAACAUCUCAAUGAGUUCUUCAGGAUGGCUCUGGUAGAGUUGGAGCAAAGUUGCGUGUUUGAGGGUCGUCCAGGUCGCCUGUUCUUCACCUGUAACCUCAAAGCUCUACAGAACCAGAAGUAUUAUGAAGCGGGAGUUCUGAUUGGCUGGUCAUUGGCUCUGGGUGGACCUGGACCUUGUUGUCUACACCCUGUACUAUACCAGCUGAUGUGCUGCCAGAGUCCAUCUUUGGAGGAUUUCAGCUGGAAGGACAUUGUGGAUGCUGAAGCACAGAGCCGACUGCAAGAGCUUCAGAAUUGUACUGAUGUGAAGCUUCUGUCUCCCAGUCUGUGUGACUGGGUGUCACGCUAUGGGAUCCCAGAAAUCUGUUCAGCACACUCUGAUGAAAUACCGGUAAUCUGCAGCCGCUUAGUGAAACACUACAUGUACCACAGGGUGUCCAGUAUGAUCUUCCAGUUCACCGAGGGGCUGAACAGCUGCGGUGGAUUGUGGGAUAUGGUGCAGUCCCACUGGGAGGCGUUUGUGCCAGUGAUGACGAGUACAAAUCAGCAGCGUCUGACCCUGGGAGAGUUCAAACAGCUCUUCACCUUCUGCUACAGCCACCCAGACUCUGAUCUGAGGGCAGCUGAGGAGGCCACAGCAGCACACUGGGAAGCAGCCCUCACCCUGGUCAGCGAUGGUCAGGCAGAGUUUUCGUGUGAAGAGCUCCUCUCCUUCAUCACAGGAACAGAUCACCUGCCUCCUCCUGGGCUACCUACACUCAUCUCCCUUCGUUUUUACUCCCAGGAUGUGAGCAUGUCAAACAUUUGUCUUCCCCACACCUUCCCCUCCUCUCUGGAGCUAUUCCUGCCCAGGGGAGUGUCGACGGCUGUGGACCUGUUGGUGCUGCUGAACAGAGCGGUGCACGGACAGAGCUGGGCUUCACACAUUUCCAGACAGAGAGAGGCAAUGACUGCAAAGAAGUGA